AUGAGAGGUCUAGCGAAAAUACGGGUGUAAUCCAUGUAUAUACCCGAAAAUGCAUGGUACCCGGAUCUAGCCGUAUGUAUACAGAGAUAGUUAGUAAUCCGCAGUCACUGGAAAUGUAUAUUCCCGAAAACGCACGGCACCGGGAUCUAGCCGCAAGUUACAGAGCUACCAAGUAUUCCGCAGUCAGUGGCAAUGUAUAUGUCCCAAAAUGCAUGGUGUUGAGAUAUAGCCGCAAUUAUACGGAGAUACCAAUCAUUCCACAGUCAGUGGCAAUGUAUGUACGCCAAAAUGUAUUGUACCCGGGCUUAGUCGCAAAUAUACGAGAGAUUUCAAGUGAUCCGCAAUCAGUAUUGGGCAUGGCGAGGGACUUCGUGUCGGUACAUGCCUUGGCCACUCAGAGAACUUUGGGAAGGAGGCUGGUCACACGUUCAAAGCAAUGAGAGUAUUGCAUGCACACAUAGUGCGCCAUCAAAUUAUUAUAUUCACAUAUAAUGCGCAAUCAAAUUAUUAUAUUCACACAUAAUGCGCCAUCACAUCAGAGUAUUAUAUUCACAUAUAAUGCCCCAUCAGAGUAUUAUAUUCACAUAUAUUGCACCAUCAAAUUAACAUGCAAUGAGCCAUCAGAGUAUUACAUACGCAAUCAGGGUAUUACGUCCACAUAUAAUGCGCUCGUGCCGCCGUAGUCAGCUGGAAAUCUCUGCGGACGCGGUAGAUAGUGAGAUGAGAAGUCAACGUUUAUUUGAAGAAUACUACAUAGUACGGAUUGUACUGUGGUAUAGCUUUAGCUACACACAAAUGCACGGCAACUCAACCGCUCUGUGGUAAAAAGAUAAGUUUCUUCAUACCGGCACGGGCGCCUUGACCAAUUGAACACCUCCGAGGGAGUGUCAGACAAAAGGAAUGUACAUAUCUGAUCAACGUACAGGUAUUAAAAUUUCUAGUACAUAGAC